UUGCUAUUUUUUGUUUGUUACGUUUGAGAUCAAGAUAGUUUAUUUUGAGAUAAAUAUCCAGAAUUAUAUCGAAUAAAUUGUUUGAUAUCAAAACUGUUUCUGUGAUUGUUAAGUGAUAAUAAUUAAUUGAAGAUUUUUUCGUUACAAAUUAUAAAUGGGGUCGUUACAAUAUUAUUCCAUUUUAAAAGGUGAAAAUCGACCUUUUACAAGCCAACAGUUAUAUCGUAUUUUUGAAAAAGUUGCUGAUGAAGUAUGCCCCGAAACUGUAGCAGUUACAUUUGAAGAUGAUUCCCAAAGAAACAAUACCAACAUCACAUACAAACAAUUAAAUUAUUUAUCAAAUCAAUUAGCCCGUGGUAUUGUUGAAUGUGUCGCAAGUGUUGGUGGCAAAUCAAACGGCGAUGGUGAUUAUAUUGUUUCGGUCUGCAUGUCACCAUCUGAUAAAUUAAUUAUUACAUUAUUGGCAAUAUGGAAAGCUGGCUGUUCGUAUUUACCAUUAGACCCAACAUUUCCAAAAAAUCGUAUCGAACACAUUUUGAAUGAAUCCAAACCAGUAUUAGUGAUUUACGAUAAUACACCAGAUAUAGAUCAAUCUGCUUUUGAGAAUGCAUUUUCAUUAAACUACGACGAUCUAUGCAAUAAAUGUGAAAAAAAUCAUGGAUCGAAUUUACAUGAAAACGAACAAUUUCAUCAUGAAAAAGAUGAUCUUGGCAUUGUUUUAUAUACAUCUGGAAGUACUGGAGUUCCCAAAGGUGUCCGAUUACCAUUUUCAAUAAUGUUAAAUCGUUUACAAUGGCAAUGGCACAAAUUUCCAUAUUCUUAUACAGAAAAAUAUUGCAUUUUCAAAACAGCUUUAACAUUCGUUGAUUCAGUGUGUGAAAUUUGGGGUCCUUUAUUAAAUGGACUAACUAUUGUUGUUGUUCCAAAAUACAUUACCAAAGAUCCAGUAAAACUUGUUGCACUUAUGGAACGAUACCAGAUUGAACGAUUGGUAUUGGUACCAUCAUUGCUCCGAUCAUUAAUUCUAUAUUUAAGCUUAGAAAAACAAGUGAAUCCAUUGAAAUCAUUAAAAAUUUGGAUAUGUUCUGGUGAAUCAUUACCUGUACAAUUGGCUGAAGAAUUUUUCAAAUAUUUCAAAGGUCAACGAGUAUUAUGUAACUUUUAUGGCAGUACAGAAAUUAUGGGUGAUGUUACUUAUCACACUGUGACCGAUGCUAGUGAAUUACAAGGAUUUGAUAAAGUUCCAAUUGGUAUACCUUUGGAUAAUACGAUUGUCUAUUUAUUAGAUAACGAAAUGAAACCGGUGUCAACUGGUAAUGUUGGUGAAUUAUAUGUAUCUGGGUUUAAUGUUGCUGCUGGAUACGUUAAUGGACGUGAUCCUGAUAAAUUUAUUAAUAAUUCACUAGUUUUGGAUAUUGCACAUUGUCGGUUAUAUAAAACUGGGGAUUAUGCACGAAUUGUAAAGGGCGUUUUACAAUAUGAAGGACGUACUGAUUCACAAGUAAAAGUACGUGGACAUCGUGUUGAUUUAGCUGAAGUAGAAAAAGCUGUAGCUGCUACACCAUACGUAGAAAAAGCUGUUUGUUUAUGUUAUAAACCUGGUGAAAUUGAUCAGGCACUUGUAGCAUUUGUUACACUACAGAAGGAUGCACAACAUAUUACUGGAUUAAAAAUUGAAGAUUAUUUACAACAAAAAUUAACAUCUUACAUGAUUCCACAGGUAAUUGUUUUGGAAAAUAUACCUUUAUUAGUAAAUGGAAAGACUGAUCGACAAACUUUAUUGAAAAUGUAUGCAAAUACAAACAAUAAUGGUGAUAAUGAAAUACAAAUAGAUAUUGAUUAUACUGAUGUACCUGAAGAUAAAAUGGAAGCAGCAAAAGUAUUAUUUGAAACUGUUGGUUCUGUGAUUGGCCAUUCCACACGUCUAACAUUAAAUUUAAAAUCAAAUUUCUAUCAACUUGGCGGAAAUUCGUUGAAUUCUAUUUAUACAGUUACAAAGUUGCGCGAUCAAGGGUAUAUAAUCGCCAUAACCGAUUUUAUUCGUGCUGCUAAUAUGAAUGAAAUUUUAUACAAAAUGGUUAAAGACACGUCAAAUAAUGGUGAUGAUACGAAUUUAAAUGAAAUACCCAAUGAUUAUCAAUUUAAAAUGCUACGUAACGAACACCAAAAUGAUGUUUGCAAAAUGAUUGCCACAAGUUUUUAUGAAAAAGCUGAUUUAGAACAAUGGAUUAAACAGGAUAUAUCAAUCGAUGAUUACGGUAAAUUAAUUCAUAAAGCAUGGGAUGCGCUAAUUGAAAAAGAUUUAAGUUUUGUUGUCUGUGAUAAGAAUGAUGAAUUAAUUGGUGUAGCGUUAAAUUUCGACGCACACGAUGAACCGGAAAUAGAAAUUAAUUCGAGAAUAGCUGUUAUUUUGGAAUUUUUAGAAUUCAUUGAAGCACCAGUAAGGGAUAAUUUGUUACCACCUGGAAAAGGUUCUAUUUUACAUUGUUUUAUGAUGGCAACAAAAGAUACAAUUUCAUCACAAGAAAAUGUUUUGCUUAUGCAAGCUAUGGAAGCGGAAAUGUUACGUUUAGCAAAACGAAAACAGUUUUUGGGAAUUUUAACGACGAAUACAUCACCCUUAACACAGCAAUUGGGCAAAGACGUUUAUGGAUACAAAAUUAUGAAUGAUUAUCAAGUAAAUCAAUUUGUUGCUAACGAUAAAUCAAGACCAUUCGCUGAAGCACCUGAUUCUCAAAGGGCGAUGGUCUCAUGGAAAGAAGUUUAAAAUUCAAUUUUUUAAAAUAAUUUUGGAACAAAUUAUUAAUUUUAAAAUUGUUUUUAGUUGAAACUUCAAACAGAUCUCGAAUAUUCGAAUACCUCACGCAAAUAAUUUUAUAAUGUAUAUAAAUUAAUAUUAAAUAUUUUCACAUUUCGAAUUGUUGACUCGAAUAUUUUGAAAAUAUUUUAGGGAAUAGAAUUAUGAUAAACAUAAAUUCGAGAUAUUUGAAUAUUCUACAAGGCUCUUUUUUUCAAAGAAUCUAUGGAAAUAUUAUCUAAAAAGAAUAGAUUUUUUAGGUAUGGCAGAGAGCACACCAUAUGGUCCAUCAACUGAGUCGAUCAUAGCGCUCGAUGCAGACAAAAUUUCGUUAAAUCAUGCUCACGUUCAGAAUUAAUAAGUAAUUUCUUAAAAUAAAUUCCAUUUUAUACUUAAUAAAUUUACCAAUAACAGUCUUUUGCAGAUGAAAUCUGUCAAUUUUAUAGUUCAGAUAAUAUUUAUUUUCGUUAUUGUGUUUAUUCUACUCACUUUUUUCAGCUGAUUAAAUUCUACUUUUUAAUAAAUAAUAGGCUUCCAACACAUAUUAACUAACGUCCUAGAGCAUGAUUUAAUGUUGUCGUCAGAUGUCGUUUUCAUCGCGCUCUCUACGACGUUAAUUAUAAGAAAUCGGUUCUAGAUAAGUUAAUUUAUUAUAAGAAAGAUCUUUUUGGAUUUAAAAUAGUAUAUUUAUGUGAUUUAAAUUAUGAUGUGUAUGAGAAAAUUAACCGAAGUAAAUAAGUAGCUUUUACAUUGAGGUUAAUGAACAACAAAACUGUUCAAAAAAUGUGAAAAAUAUAAUUUUUUUAAAUCUUAAUGUCUGAUAAAAAAGGUCUUAUUUUCUGAAGCCCUGCAUUUAUAUUCGUAAUAGGCUUAAAUCCUGACCUCUAUUAAUAUAAAUUACCAAAAAUCAGGUAAUAAUUGUUGAUGUGCUCUCUAUUGGAUGUAGGAAGUCAUCAAUCUAACAGCGAUAAAUAAACACAAGCAACUGGCUACAUUUAAUCAUACAUUAUUAAUUUGUUUUUCUAUUUUAUAGUUUAAAAUCAAGUGAUAAGAAGUAAAUUGCAGUGUACGUUUUACAUAAUGCGGGACGAAUUUUCAUUGAAAUAAUAUUAAAUAUUAUUGGGUUUUACAAUUAAGAUUUUAGCGCUAAAUAACAGUUUUUUUUUAUCGAAAUAUAUUUUUAACAUCAAAGAAACAAAAU